GAAUUUCACAGGAUCGAUACGGGUUUGGCUACGCGUCCCGGACACGGCAGGACACGGCUAGCAAUAAAUGUAGUGCGAGGAGUCGGCAGUAAUGACCGGUUUUGUCGCUGUACACAGUGGUGCAGGAAACUUCAUCGACGAAACACUGUAUCAAAAUGUCUGCAAAGAGGCCUGCGCCCAAUCGGUCAGUGUGCUGUCCGCGGGCGGAAGUGCUUUGGACGCGUGCGAAAGGGCGAUCGUCGUGCUGGAAAACUCGACCGCGACCAAUGCGGGCAUCGGCUCCAACCUGAACUGGAACCGGGAGGUGGAGUGCGAUGCCUGUAUAAUGGACGGUGCUUCGCUACAGUUUGGUGCGUGUAGCAGUGUGACCGACGUAAAGAACCCGAUCAGCCUGGCACGACACUUGUGCGAGCGACAAUCAAAACUACUCAGCUUCGGCCGCAUACCACCGAUGGUGCUGGCCGGCCCGGGAGCGUCGGCCUAUGCGCGCGAGAUCGGCCUACCGAUGGUGCCACCCGAGCACAUGAUCUCGGUGUCAGCGGCCAAAAAAUACGACUACUACCGGGCACAGAUCGAUCAGUAUGAGGAACGGAAUCGGGAGAAGAUGUCACCGCUGGACACGGUCGGAGCGGUGUGCGUCGAUGCGGAAGGUUCGAUCGUAGCCGGCUGCAGCUCCGGUGGGCUGAUGCUGAAGCUCAGUGGCCGCGUGGGCCAGGCCGCGACGUACGGGGCCGGAUGCUGGGCUAUGGUGAACGAAACCACGAGCAUGUCGGCCGCGUCGUGCACCACCGGUAACGGCGAGUACUUGAUGAAAACGCUGUUCGCGAAGGAACUGGUGGACGAUCUGAUCGGCUGCAACUGUCCCAUCACGUCCCAGCACCUAACGUACAAGCAGAAGCUACUGGAGUCGCCGUUCCUAUCGAAAAUGGACACGAUCCUGGCCGGGUCGCUGUCGCUCAUCUACAACACUGCCAGUGGCGACGGGGAUUUGCUGUGGGCCCACACGACCAACUCCAUGUGCAUUGGCUACAUGUCGACCAAGCAGAAGAAACCGAAAUUUGUGAUCUCGAAGCUCCCGCAGCAUGUCACCAAUGGCACAAAACCGGUCAUUAAUGGCCAUCACUUUAAGCUGAUGUGAUGGCGGUGGCCAGGGUCGGUGGGAAGCGGCCAGUGAUUCCUUUUUUCCGUACAUCACGAUGUAGAUAGUCGUCGUUCAAGGGAUGGCACUUUCUUGCUUCCACUAACUCUUGUAUAAAUGUAACGCGCCCAACAACAGUUUCAACUCGAUCAAUUACAGUGUAUUACAUCAGAGAAUAUAU